AUUUUCGAAAGUACACCCGAUCGGAGAGCACACGCCGCAGAGCGAACAGCGCCACGACCAGCCACGACCACCACCACCACCAGCGGAAAGUGCGGAGUGCGCGUUGUCCAUUUUCCCACAUCCCGUCGUCGAAUACGUUGUUUAUUUUAUUGUUUUGUUUGUUCGAUUGUUCGGUGUUCGGUGUUUUCCCCGUUGUUGGUUGUCGCCGGUUGAAUUUUCCGAGUGCGGUUUAUUUCCGAGCGCGCGCCCGUUCGAACCCCCCGUUUAAAACAACGACCGCGCUUAAGCAGCUACUAAGCAGCGACAACGCUGCGCGACAGAGUGUGCGGAUUGUUCUAUCGUUCAUCCGAUUUCGGAACCGUGAGCAUCAACUUCGAGAUUUUGCAACUUUCGAUCAAACAGUAACGAUUCAUACGUGUGCGUUAAUCUUGAUCAUAUUUUUUUCUCUCUCAAAUCGUGCCGCGUGGUUCCUUUUCGUGCGUAGUAUUUGUUGCUUAUUUCCUUCUGCGAGAGCGUAUGUGUACGAGUGUGCUGCCGGCGGGGUUGUUUGUGUGAUUCGUGGUGUCGAAAAUAUUUCCGGCGAACACCGACUAUCGUCCCGACACGUUUGACCAAACGGUUGUGGUUUGUCUUUAGUGUGGUUUUGUUUGUCCGAAAGCCUAAAAGGUUUAGGAAAAGUUUAGCUACUCCGGCAGAAAAAAAAACCCAUACACGACCUCUAAAACAGUACCGAACAAAUAGGGCACCGGUACCAGUGACAAACACACACGUGCGUGACCGUCCCACGUAAGCCACCACGAGUUGAGGCAAGAUUUCGGCCCAAGAGAAAGCUCUCCACGUUGUUAUUACCAACACCCAUUUACCGCUUGCUACCAUUAUUAUUAUUAUUAUUAUUAGUAUCACCAUUGUUGUUAUUAAUGUUUUAAGUUACUUAAAACGUGCGUGGCAAGCGAUAGAGAAAGAGAUAGAGCGUGAGCGAAGGCGAGUACGAGAGUGUAUCAAAAUCCAACGCGUGAGUGGUGGUAUGCGUGUAGUAGUAGUAGUAAUCUCUAAUGUGCUAUAUUAGCAGCAGGUAACACGCAUGAGAGUUAGCGAGAGCGCCAGUGCUAGUUCUGGAGGAUAAUUGUGGCAAGCAAAUUACACUGAUCGUGUAUGCGAAGGAUUAAACUACGGAUUCGUUUCGACUCGUCAAAAUUACCCAUUUCGGCCCCCCAGUGCGUGCGUGUGUGUGUGUGUGCGUGCACGUGUAUCUAUUUCCCGGUCUCGAACCCCGUAGUCCCGAGUCGUUACGAUAUUUCUGUGUCUGCAAGUCCUCGCGAUCUCCAAAAAGGCCAGGCCAGUGUUUGGUGAAUCACGCACGUGUCUCUUCGGAAGAAUUCAUUUUGGAAACGAGCCACUGAUAAAGUAGACUACCGAGCGGGCUGCUUCAGUGUUGGUGUACUGUGUGUGUGUGUGCGUUUAUUUGUUCGUUUGUGCGCGCGUUUAUAUGUGUGCUGUAGUUGUACCGGUGUGCCUCCCGUGGUUCCGUGCAUUCCGUGUGUCGUACUGGUGGACCAGUUUCUAAGCCCCUUGUCCGAGCGAAGGAUUAAGUCUCGAUCUCGAGAUCCAGAAGCGCCUUGGAAUUGUUCAGCAUCACUGACAACAGCGACCCCUGCAGAGCAACAGCAGCGAGCUACACAUUUAGUAGACAAAUCGAGAUCAGAUAGUAAAAGAUGGCGUCAAAUUUGGAGCAGUUUUCGGAGCUGGAGCUGUCGAAGGAGGAUCGUGAGCAAAUCUUCGACCCGCCGUUGGAUGCGCCCAAAACACAGAAUGGUGCCAGUACAACGGCCAAAAUCGUCAUCAGUGGUAUACCGCAGCACGCCAAGUUCGACGAUAUCGAACCGUUGCUGAAGCCGUACGGUAAGGUAGAGCACUGCGAGGCAGGCACCAGCAAAGAUCCCAACACGCAGACCGUCCAUAUUACCUUCGAGAACCACGACCAGGCACAAAGGGCGGUAGCUGGACUGAACGGUGUGGACUUUGACGGUUCGAAGCUGCUGGUGGAGCUGUCCGAUUCGAACAAACAGGCGCGUCGGGCGCAGCGCAACCGAUCGCAGUACGGCGCAGGGAUGCCGGGCGGUGGUGGCCCCGGUCGUCAGACCGACUUCCCGCUGCGCGUGCUGGUGCAGAGCGAGAUGGUCGGUGCGAUCAUCGGCCGGCAGGGUAGCACGAUCCGGCACAUUACUCAGCAGAGCCGGGCGCGCGUUGACGUGCACCGGAAGGAUAAUGUCGGGUCGGUCGAGAAGGCGAUCACGAUCUACGGCAACCCGGAGAACUGCACAAUGGCGUGCAAGAAGAUCCUGGAGGUGAUGCAGCAGGAAGCGAACAGCACGAACAAGGGCGAGAUAUGUCUGAAGAUCCUGGCGCACAACAACCUCAUCGGGCGCAUCAUCGGCAAGAGCGGGAACACGAUCAAGCGGAUAAUGCAGGACACGGACACGAAGAUCACGGUCAGCUCGAUCAACGACAUUAGCAGCUUCAACCUGGAGCGCAUCAUCACGGUGAAGGGAUCGAUCGAGAACAUGUCCAAGGGUGAGAGCCAGAUCAGUGCCAAGCUGCGCCAGAGUUACGAGAACGAUCUGCAGGCGCUCGCACCGCAGACCAUCAUGUUCCCGGGCCUGCACCCGAUGGCGAUGAUGUCGACUGCCGGCAACGGUAUGGGCUUCACCGGCCGUACCGCUGGUGCGACGGCCAGUGCCAGUGGCAGUGGUGCCACCGGCAUGUAUCCGGGCUCGAACUUCCCGAUGUACCAGCCGCCGGCCGGUGGCCCAGCUGGGGUACCUCCCGGCUCAAGCGAAGUACAGGAGACGACUUACCUUUACAUCCCGAACAAUGCGGUCGGUGCGAUCAUCGGCACCAAGGGGCUGCACAUCCGGAACAUUAUCCGGUUUUCGGGCGCGUCCGUGAAGAUUGCGCCGCUCGAGGCGGACAAGCCACAGGAGCAGCAGACCGAGCGUAAAGUUACCAUUAUCGGCACCCCGGAGGCCCAGUGGAAGGCGCAAUACCUGAUCUUCGAGAAGAUGCGCGAGGAGGGCUUCGUGUCCGGUACGGACGAUGUCAGACUGACGGUCGAGAUCUUCGUUCCGAGUGCACAGGUGGGAAGAAUCAUUGGCAAAGGUGGCCAGAACGUGCGGGAACUGCAGCGCGUCACUGGUAGCAUAAUUAAGCUGCCCGAACACACGGCCAGUGCGCCUGUGGACGAGGAAACAACGGUCCACAUCAUUGGUCCCUUCUUCAGUGUACAGUCGGCACAGCGGCGUAUUCGUACGAUGAUGCUGGCCACGAACCCACCGCCGGUCACCAAGCGACAGACGUCGCAGAAGGCGAAGGACCAGACGACGGGAGGAGCAACGACGCCCGCUGCCGGUGCAACUGCAGCCACUACCACUACAGCCGCCGUCACGACGACACCUCCCCAGCAACAGUCGUCCAGUACAAAUGCGUAAUCAAAAUGUGGUCGUCCUGAGCCGCCAGAAGAUGAAGGUCGAGAGUGAGCAGAGAAGCGUGGUAACGGUACCGACGGCAAGAGUAGCAAUAGUAACACCACCACAACUACUACCAUCAUCAUUAUCAUCAUCCUUAUCAUCAGCCUCAUAUUUUGUACGAUUAUCCUCUACGGUCGGAAGGUGUGUAGAACGGGAAAAGAAGAUAUAAUUUGAUGCGCGGAGUGACACAGCCGGUGUUUAGUGUCCCCUACGCCAAGAGAAGAAGAGAGAAAGGGAAAGUACCGAUGAGAGGAUGGGUCGCGCGGACCCCAAAGAGGAAGGGAUGAGCAACCACACACCGUUAAGCCAAAUACAUCACCAAUAGUAGAACUUGCAAUAGCCCCAAAUAUCCCACCAGCAGACAGAGCAGACGGGAAACCCCAUAGUUCAUGUGGCGAGGCAGGAAGCGCGCUUAGGCAGUCUAAGAUUGGUCUCGGAAGUACAAAAGCUUCCUGGCUGUAUAGAUUUUUCCUACGACCAGCGCUUUGCUGCACGUCACACCCUUGUUUUUUUCCAUAUAUUAGCUUGUAAAUGUUGUUAUAUUUACCUCUAUUACUAUUUUGCCCCAGUUCCUUUGUUCGCAUACGCAGCAUCCCCCUUAUGCAAUAGUUAAAGCGAGGUUUAUGCGAUCCUUCCCAAGGGAGGAUCUUACCGUUAGCCUCUUUAAGCUGGAGGAGGAGUUCUCUUUACCCCCUCCGAUCGAUCAACUACUACUACUACUACUACAGCAAACCAUAAUCAAAAUAGCCAACCAAUCUAAGUCUUAGAUUCCGCCCAGUAGCAACAACGCGUCAGAAUAUCAAUCCAACCAUUUCCUCAACAGGUACCGGAAGCGAGGGAGAGAGAGAGAUAAGGAGAAAGAAGAAAAUAGAAGUACGUUACACAUUACAAAAUCGUUUGUGGUUGGGGAGUGAGACGAUAGUAAAAUCCCGCAAAACAUCCCGUCAUGAUAAAAUUCGUGACCAUAUACAUCAUCAUAUGGGAGAGACCGCGGACGAUCGGUGGGUCGUUCCCGAUCGUACGCUGGAGAAGAGAAGAAGAUGAAAAAACAAAUAGGAAACGAGUUCAACAUUCAAGCAAAGCACUUUCAAUGGUAUGUACUAAUUCAUAUGAAGAAAUAGAUUGUAAGAAGCAUAGCCAGUACGAAAAUCGUCUUGCGCGCGUACAGACGCAGCAAUGCAGAAACAUGCGGAAGCGGAAGGAGCGUUUCAUCCUAAAAAAACGUACGGGCAAACCGGGCAAGAAGAAAGUGCUCUAUUUGCUCGGCUUGCCGUACUAAAUUCGAUUUAAUGAUACAACCCAUACUCUAGAAAUAGCAAACAAACGGCAAAUGGUGUCAUCCUCUACCAACCUACCAAGCUGGCGUGUUUGUUGUUUUGCGCGUACAUAAUCCAGCAGCGUGUUUUGAAAAGAGCAAAGUGGUGUGUUGCCCCCCAAAAGCAAAGCAUGCAAAACGCAACGUUUAAAACAUUCCUACGAAUUUUUCAACGAAUGCAAAAACUACUGGCCAAAACAAAGAGAGAGAGAUUGCGUCAAGGUACUAGAUCGGUUGAGCGCGUUGAUUGAAUGGAGUUCCUGAAGCCGUACGUCCAGGGACGGCAGCUAAAGGAGCAGAAACUGUUAGCUGCCGUUUUUCCAAACAUAAAUCCACGCAAAAUAGUACGCCAGUACGUAACGGGCUAGAGCCGGAAGCAACACAAAACGUAAAGCCAAUGCCGUGUAAGGUACUUCGAUUAAGCUUGUUGAAAAACGUGCGUUUUUUUGCUAAUUUAUUCAGUUGAUGAUAGGAACUUGCGUUAUAUCUAGUGUGUGAGUGUGCGCCACACGCUAUCCUGUAAAAACGCGCAAGAGAAAAGGGGUUUGCGCAUAGAGUGCGCGAGUGUUGUGGAUUUGUAUAAGUUGAUAAGUGUCGGACGCAGGGGGAUAUGUUUUUGGUCUUUUGUCUUAAACGAUCGCGCAAUGAGAGAUUUAAAACUUUAGUAUGUAAAUGGUUUUUUUUUUUGUUCAAUCUUAGAAGAGUUCGUUUUUAAGGCAAACGAAACUUGCGCGAAAGGAUAUAUGUGUGUGUAUGUGUGCGAUGAAUGUAAGAGUUUGUGUGAAAGAGGAUUGGCGGCCUGACACCUGAGAUGUUAGACCGGCCGUAUGCGAGGAGUGACUGCUUUAGACAACUAGUUGCAGUGCGCUUACGCGUGUGUGUGUGUGUGUGUAUAGGGAUGCAAACUAGCUAGAGGAUGUAGUAGCGAGCGAGGUACAAAAGGCGACAAAACAGAGUAUUAACCUGGGAGGCGAGAAAGAUUUGUGCGCGCAAAGGCAGAAUUUUUCGUUCGUACUGGGGGAUACAUGAUGAUCCACCCCGUGGUUGUUGUUUUUACAAAGUUCCUGCUGUGGGCGGACUUGUUUUUACGCAUAGAAAAACAGCCGCGAUUAGCCAUGCCACUGCCGCCAUGCCAAUCCUCCGGUAAGGAGGGGGAUCUGGAUGGAUGAUCUGCUCGACUCAACUGCGUUGGUUGCAUUUUUGGCAUCGCAGUGUUUACUUGAUUACUGCAUUCGCUUCGCCCACUGCUUCAGCGGAGGGAAGGACAAACCGUGCGGGACGGACGGACACCGUUGCCGCAGCUGCAUCGAAUAUGCUAAGCGCCGCUGCCCUUCCCCUUUUCGAGCCGGGACGGGUUGACCAAAGACUAUCGGAUAAAAAACGAUGAUGAUGUGAGUGUUGUUUUGCUGAAUACCAAUGAGACAGAUGGGCAACGGGUGGUUCCGUUUUUGGGGAUGGCAGACCGGACGAACAACGCUGCCCUGUCGGAACAACUUCAACCAGCCAGGAGUGUAACUCCCUCCCGGAAGCAAGUUGUCACAGCGAUGUCUACCCCCAAUACCCUAACCCUCAAUUUCUAACUAUCUAUGGUGAAGCAGGCAAGCUUGCAGCGAUCAAGUAGACACUGCAAGCAACCAAGACAGAUGCUGGCUCUUUUAAAGUUGCCAUCAGAGUGGAAAAGACGAGCUAUUAAAGAGAAAGAGAGAGAUAAAGAGGUGCGCCCUGGAGGAGACAAACCGCAAGAUAAAUCGUAGAAGAUAGCUAGGAUGAUGUUGCGAUGAGGCCUCCCUUUUUGAUUUUAGAAGCGCAUAAGAUGAACCAAGGUUCUGCGAGGCGUGUGGCGCGUGUGUGGCGCCUCUGGAGCGUCCCGACAGACACACGCCCUUGCCCGAGAACGAAUCUGCCCCUGUAGAGAGAAGCAACGGAUUGUAAACCGGGCAUGCCUUAUUAACUAUUUAUUACGAAAACACGUUAAGCGAUGAGGAUAAGUGCUUGUAUGUGUGCGUGAGUGAGCAAAUGUGUGCUUGGGAUGUAAGUGUAUAUGUGUGUGUGUGUAUAGAGGAACGUCGGAAAACAGGGGAGGAAAAACGCGACGAUACGAAGCUGCGCGCGGCCACAUUGAAACCAGCCAAAUCCAUCCAUUCUCUUGGCGCGUCACGUUGCGUGCCGACCACUGCCGCAAACUUCUCUUGGUUUCCAAACUCCUUUCAUAUCAGAACCAUGAGCAGGAAGCGAGAAACCCGGGAACAGAGAGAGAGAGAGAGAGAAAGAAGAAGAAAAAGGAGAAAAAACUACAAACCCAAUACCUCAGGCAGAAAGUGCAUUACACUUGGGGUGGAACAUUCUUCCCCACCCUUGGGGGAGAAACCGUUUGCGCACGUGCUGAUAUCCCUUGCGCGCGAUACAAGGAAAAGCAACGAAUUUGACCUCUCUUACCUCACGCGAGAAGAAGGCGCCGCCUUCGCCGCGUUACAAAAUAUAGGCCACCGAGCAUUUAUUGCCGAGCGCGCCCGACGCCCGCCUGUUACUGGCGAUCGUGUGUGGUGUAGUUUAAAUUUGCUACCGGAACCUGCACCCCGGGGUUCGCCCCGGGGAUUGUGGGCGAAAUUCAAUUUGCAACUUGUACCCGAUUUUUUUUUAAAUUCUCCCCACCACCCGCCCCCUUAUUAAAUGUAGAAUGUUAUCGUAAUGUGCUAAAAGUUAAAGAAUGUUCUUUCUAUUUUUUCGUAACACGUGUUUUGCGGGAAGAGGUUAUGAUGCCUCCCGCAAGCAGCCACGCACGUGUUGGUUCUGUUUGACUAUUGUACACUACUAUUGUAAGCGCUAGUAGCCAGGAGAGAGAGGGUGCCGCCCGUCAUCCUCGUCGUUUUGCUUAACUUAUUGUUGAACGCGGAGUUGUAAUAGUGUGCGCAUUAUAGGCGUAAACUUGUUGACAUUGUUGUGCCCCUUACUGAACAUCCCUUAGUAGCCUUAUUUUAUGCCUGUUGACUACUCCGUUUUUUACUUCUCACAAUCUUUGAAUUAAUGGCUGUUUAUUUCCUUGCCCGUACCUCAUCCUCCAUUCGCUCGUGCUGCCGUCGCUGCUGUGAAUGUUUGUUUGUUUGAGUAGGUGUCUACGGGGCAUUUGUUAACUCCCCGUGUAAGCGAAGUACCUCAAAUCACAGCGGCACGUAAGAGUGGGCGGGAGCUGGAUGGAUGUGGAAAGGUAAGCAGAAGAUAUAUAAUCAAAAUAGUUUUGUUUCCUUGAAGAACUUUUUUUGUAGCUCUGAAGAUGUUUUGUUUGUUUGUUUUUUUAACAUAAUAUGCAUAGUCUUUCUAAUUAUAUUUACACACCCAUACGUACAUAUUCAUCACCUUACUGAACCCUCCCAAGCACUACUACUACCGAAUCUUCCAACAAUAGUUUAAACCGUCGCUAACGGGCGAAACGCAAACAGGAGAAAAUCGAUAAAUCACGGGCUAACUAGGUUUAUAACUUCUUAUUUUUUUUGUAACAAAACCAUACAAAGUUUUCAAUUCAACUAAUACAUGGUGCAUCGCCGGGAAGUUUAAAGAAUAACGCAUUAUGCUUAUAAUUUGUAACAUAUCUUGUAAUUCGGGAAAAUAUCGUUUUAGAGCAUUCAUUUCUUUUUUGUAGUAUCUUUUAGUGAUAGAUGAAAUGAAAUCGGGUUAGACGUGGGCACUUGGCACAUAUGCUCGACAUUGGAGGUAAAUUAUCACGCACGCUUCAUGCGUGUACCACACAAGUUUUGGCUACUCGUUUUGGUGGAACACAACAUUUGAAUUUCGGAAUCUAUCGUGGCGGUAUUUAAACGGCCCACGGAAGAGACAAAAUUGAAACAUAUAUACACACAUACUCAUGGCGCGGUUGGCGCAGGUGGAAAAAUUCUAAAGGCAAACCCAAACUGUAAAAUCAAACCUCGAAUGAAGCUCACAAUUUCAGAGGGGCAGAGUUAGAAAAGUGUCGCUAAUGUAGGAAGUAAUCUUGUACACAUGAACAUCGCUUGCGUAUCAGCAAAAGCUGUCCUAAUAUAGUUCCGAUAAAUGUGAAGAAAUAGAUAUAGAAAAGGACAGUGCUACACACAAGGUGUUCGCUACCACUCAACACUUGGCACCCAGCAUUCAUACAUCGGAGCGGCAAAAACCAUAUUCCAAAUCAACUGAAAAUCUUGCACUACAAACACAAAUACGCGAUUCAAUUCAGGCAAAAUGGGAUGAAAACCAGCAGCAAAAUAUCCUCCUUACUUAUCUAAUCUAAAACUCGUGUGCUUGCAAUAGGGCUUUCGCAACAACAAAGGUAGCAGAAAGCGCAAGGAAGCCCAUAAAAGAACGCAUUUCCUACGGAGAAGAAACAACACGAAAACACGCAAGAACUAAGUACUAAACACAAAAAGAAGAGAGAAAAAAAAACACACAUAAAUUGAUACAAGUACUACUACCGUUGGACUGAGAGAGAGCAGGACACGCGCCGUGUGAGAACAAGAAAACCAAAAGAGUGAAACAAACAACUAAAAAAAAUCUGAAACGUGUGACGUUUGUGCGUUUUUUUGUCUACUAUUUAUAAUGGUGCGCGUGUACAACGGGCGCUCGAGUUCUUUGGUGCAUAGGUGAAUAGGUGGACAUUUUGUUGGACAACGGAACGAAGUAGGCGGCGCCAUGUUGCGCCAUGGGUGGUGAAAUCAGAAUUGUAUGUUGCGAAGCGCCAGCACAUCGUUGUACACGGGAGGACCCGAGAUCGUAGCAAGUAUAAAUAUUCGUAGAAGCAGCGAAAGAAGUUGGCAAGAGAUAAGAAGAAGGUACGCAAGAGGACAAACAGUAAACAAGAGAGACAAAGUGACUAAAAUCAAUUGUUAGAUUUUUUUAUUAUAUAUAUUAUAUUGAAAAUAUAUUAUAUAUACACAUAUUUGAGGAAGGAGAAAACAAGACAAAACAAAACGCAGGAGAAAAAAAAGAUGAAAUGAAGAUACGGAUCUUAUGGAGUAAACAAAAAAAAAGUAAGAUGGAGGCCAUCGUUUAGCUUGGACAAAGCAUUAAGUAUAUUAAGAAGUGGAGCAGGACAAAGUGCGACAUUCGUGUGAAAGAGUGAGAGUGAGAGAGAGACAGAUGACAUCGGUUCGCUUUACUAAGUAUUGAUUCAUUUCGGAGACGAAGGUACAAUCGAGAAGAAAACAAAACAAACAAAAUCGUACAGUGUGUGUUGUUCCCUUUUCGCCCAUCAGCAAGGGCGUGGUGUUUUGAACUUGUGCGUGUUGCGCGGAGAAGAAACGAGAGUAGAAAGAGUGAAGCAAAACAAGCAGAUGAUAUUUAGCUAACAACUUUAAUAUUUAUUGAAAAUACUAGAGGCUAUAAUAUCGUUGAAUAUUGGUAAAGAAGAGCGGAACGGAACCCAAGGCAACACAAAGGGUAUGGCGGACUUGAAGAAGAUGGCGUGAACUUGAACAGAGAACUGCGUUAGGAAGGAAAGUGUUUCGUUGCAAGUGCAAGUGUGCUCGCUGUGUGGAGAAGAAGCGUUGACAGAAUGUUGCUCGCUCAACCACUCACCGCUCAGGCGAGUUGUUUGGAAAUAGUGUAAAAGCUGGAAUCUUCAGCUGGAGACAGCAAACAACAAAGAGAAAACAUCGCUCCCAUUUGUUUGUUUGUUGUCCAACGGAACAGCUCUGCGGAACCAGUUGAUGAACGCGUGUGUUGGUGAUGUAAAAAUUAUUUUAUCUUUAAACUUAUCGAACACCGAGUGCCACUUAGUAGUUGGUAGUGAACGAAUUUCGCCCGCGAGAUGGCGCUGCGUUAUAUUAAUGCAUCACCACUCAAUGCGACUCAAAGCGACUCAAAGCGGUACAAAUCGCCGAACAACGUACUGGAGAGCAUGAGAGAGAUAGAGAGAUAGAGAGAGAGCGAAGAGAGCGAAAGAGAACACACUAAAUAAUCAAACUCUCUGCAAAAUGCUCCGCUCUGCAGUGAAGAGCAAAUGUACACGUGUAAGUUUAGAGUGUACUUGGGUUGUAACGAAAAGUGCGCAAAGUGUGUUGUUUUAGUAUUUUCAAGUGUUGUGAUAUGACGAGGCAUUUAGCUUUCGAAGGUGUGUUUUGUUUUUUUGUUGGGUUAAAUUUAAUGUUGUUCGGAAUUCAGUCUUGUUUUUGGUGAUGUUUGUUUUAGUUUUGCGGUACACGAUGAAAAGUCUUCCCAAUACGGGGGAAGUAAGAUAAAAAAACAUUCUUCUUGGCCAGUGUAAAAAACAACGUAACUUUUUUAGCACACUCACACACACUGUUAAUUAACUUUUCAAUCUUUACCAAGGACGCUGUUAAAAACAGUCCUCAAUUCUUUUUGUUUUCAAUGGUUCGGAUGUAAACCGAUUAAUUUAUCUGGAAGUCACAACCAUGAACACUUUUUUAACCAUGCCCAAAUCACACACACACACACAAAUGCCAACACAAUCGAUCAAAACAGACAAUUUCACCAACGCCUGUCUCGUACACACGCCUAUAGAGAACAUAUAUUUUUCAAAAACACACAGUUCUGGUGUGCCACAGAUUCAAUGCUCCCUGGAAUUUGGUACAAAAACAACCCGCAACAGUACAAAAAUGAUGUUUGUUUUUUUUUCGUGCGAAUUUAAUAAUUCCACGCCACUCGCCGUUACUGGCAAGACGACAAGAUGAUGGAAUCCGGUUGGAUUACCCUUUUUUUUUACAUUGCAACAAUCACUUGCAGAGAGGAUGAAGAAGGAUCCACUGCGCAAACCCGCUGCCCGGAAAAGUUCACCACGCACAGCAGACAGCAGAAACACGCAUGCGAAAUGUACAAACACUUGAGGAAACCGCUGUAAAGUGUUGUUAUUUUUCACUUUCCUUUAACGCUCCGCGUCAAAAGAAUCGAACUCAACUUCGACCCAGCUGAACAAUACUGCAACAAUGGAAGGCAAAGCAAAACUAAACACUGGAAGAAUACAAGUCCGAAUGAAUAGCGUCCACACUACACUCCGCUUGAUGGAAAAGCAACAUAGAAGCAAGAUUAUGGUCACUCCUGAACAAUGUGCAAGAAUAAUGGCAAAACUCUCCCAACACACACACACACAAACACACAAAGGUAAUAGAGCGAAUUGUGCGCCUAUAAGCCAGAGCAAGAACCGCGAACAUGAACGCACGCAAACCGAGAAGGAAACAAAACAAAAAUUGGAAGCAGAAAAAACUAUACAAAUGCUUUUAGAGAAUGCUAAUAGAGGAAAGUGACACCCUGAACAAACAUGGCCGAAAGAGAAAUUGGAUAAAUCUAAAGCCCUCGAAACAAGCUUGUAUCACUGCCAGAUAUAAAAGAGAAGACAAAACAACACAAAACAAGAUGAAAAAUGUAAUGCAAAACGAAACUACUAUCAUAAGCGAAUUCACAAAACAAAACAAAAUAAUAUAGAAGAUUUGGAGUAGACGAAAACAUAGACGAGCAAAAGAGAAACACUAAAUAACUAAAUAUGGAUAACCACACACCAGCCUGAGACAAGGUGAUCGGACAAAAAAAGAUGAUGAAAACAAAGCAUGAAACUAAAUCUUUAUUGGCAAUUAACGUAAGCUAUUAGUUGAGGUACACUCGCGUACACACACAACCAAUGAUGAUGAUGAUUAGUCUCACCCCGAAAAACUGGCAAGAAAACAUACGCGGUACCAUUACCCAUAACACGGUGUUAGUUGAUGUAUUAUGGAAACAGAAAGUGAAACGGAAAUUUUGGCUAAAUUUGUGUGAGUGUAUGUGUGUUACAGUACAUAAAAUUAACAGAAAAGCGAUCAAAAAGCAAACAAAAAAAGAAAAAGUUAAAAAUUAAACACAAACUAAUGAUUUAAUUUCGAAACCCCCUUUUCGAAUCGUUCUAUUGUAAUACUGCUGCUGAAUACAUUUGAAUUGACGUGAAAUCAUAUAGUGAAAGCAUAAAACAAGCACGCAAAAUGAAUAGAAGACAAACAAAAGAAACAAACAAUCAAUGCAUAAUCCCAAGGGCGCAGUCCUGCACAUUUGCUGCACAGACGAUUGGUAGUUUUUAAUGCUUUUUUUAUCAUUUAAUCUAUCAUUACCGUGUCGUCACCCUUUGGUGGGUAUUAAAAUUAAUGCAAUACAAAUAGAUCUUAACACUUUUAAGCUAACAAAACACCACAUCCACCCAAACCUUUCUCUCACAAACACCCUCCCUAAUUGGCGUAGAGUAUAUGGUAGCAAACGGAGCACAUACUUUGAACGAACUUUUUAAUAAAUGUCAUACCCAUUCACUCAUAGACCGUAGAAGAAGAAGAAGCAGAGGAAGAUAAAGAUCACCUUGUCCCAGCAAACGGGCAGCAAUCGCUGAUCAAUAUGACGCAAAAAUUCAACACGAGAAAAAGUAAACAAAAAAAACAUGAAAAGCAUCUUGGAAAUAGUGAAGCAAAAAAGCAAAUUCAGGUUUGAAAUGAAUGAAAUGAAAUAUUUCGGAAAACACUGUUUAUACCUCAUGGUUUGAAGAUAGAAUAUAAUAGCCAAGCAAAUCGUACACUAUCUAAGCGACACAUAAACAGAGAGAUGAUAAAGCAAAGGGAGGAAUACAAAGAUACAAAAACAAUAUAUGUGUACGCAAGAAGCACACUGCAAAGGGCAAGACACACAAACACGACACAACAGAAUGGUGCAUCAGUAACCAAUCAAAGCGUGUAAACGAUGGCCAACUAUCUACCUACACCCGCGUGUGUACUAACCAAUGGCAGAAAGGCAAACACUAAUUCCUCCAAAAUAUAUAGUAAUAAUAAGCAUACUUCACAUUUAAACACAAAAGGGAAACAAAAAACACAUCCGCAACAUACAACUUGGAAUUUGAUGUUUGAAAAGCUGCCCACACAA